GUUUGUUGCGUUGCUGCAGUGAGAGGUCAAAGGCCAGGUGAAGAAUGAAUACUAUUAAGAACGUGCCGGCCCGGGUUCUUAGUCGGAGGUCCGGCCAUGGCUUGGAAGCGGAGAGGGAACAGUUUGACAGGAACCAGGCCGUCAGCAUCAGUAAAGCUAUCAAUACACAGGAAGCUCCAGUGAAAGAGAAACACGCCCGCAGAAUUAUUUUGGGCACGCAUCAUGAAAAAGGAGCAUUUACAUUUUGGUCAUAUGCCAUUGGUCUUCCAUUACCUAGCAGUUCUAUUCUAAGCUGGAAAUUCUGCCAUGUCCUGCACAAAGUCCUUCGAGAUGGGCAUCCAAAUGUACUAUCUGAUUGUCAGCGAUACCGCAGUAACAUCCGAGAAACAGGAGAGCUAUGGGGUCAUAUGCACGAUCGUUAUGGGCAGCUUGUGACUAUUUAUACAAAGCUUUUGCUUAAUAAAAUAAGCUUUCAUGUAAAGCAUCCUGAAUUUCCACCAGGCUUGGAAGUGACUGAUGAUGUUCUUGAGAAGUCAGCUGGCACAGAUGUCAACAACAUAUUUCAGCUGACAGUGGAAAUGUUUGAUUAUAUGGACUGUGAACUGAAGCUUUCUGAAGCUGUUUUCAGGCAGCUCAAUAGUUCCAUCGCCGUAUCUCAGAUGUCCGCAGGACAGUGUAAACUGGCCCCACUUAUUCAAGUCAUUCAGGAUUGCAGUCAUCUCUACCAUUACACUGUCAAGCUUAUGUUUAAGCUCCAUUCAUGUCUGCCUCCCGAUACUCUACAGGGACACAGAGAUCGAUUUCAUGAACAGUUUCAUAGUUUAAAAAAUUUCUUCAAACGGGCAUCAGACAUGCUUUACUUCAAGCGACUCAUUCAGAUCCCCCGUCUUCCUGAUGGUCCACCCAACUUUUUGCGAGCUUCUGCCCUUGCUGAGCAUGUUAAACCAGUGGUAGUUAUUCCCAAUGAAACUCCAGAAGAUGAGGAACCACCAGAAUCUCUGAUUGAAAUCAGCACAGCUCAGCCUGUGGAGCAAGAGCAGGUUGCGGAAGACCUAUUUCAGCAAACAUUUGGUCCUCCUAAUGGCCUUAUGAAAGAUGACAGGGACCUUCAAAUUGAAAAUCUGAAGAAGGAAAUAGAAUUGCUACGUGCUGAACUGGAGAAAAUAAAGCUGGAGGCUCAAAAGUACAUCUUGCAGCUGAAAGGCCAAAUCAAUACACUGGAGGCUGAGCUGGAGGAACAGAGGAAGCAGAAACAAAAGGCUUUAGUAGAUAAUGAACAGUUGCGGGAUGAGUUGGAGAAGCUAAAGAAACAGCAGCUGGAAAAUGACAAGACACAAGGAAUCCUCGUAGAAACAGAGAAGAAGAUACAAGCAACAGAAUUGCGCUACACCAAACUGAAAGAAAAGCACAAUGAGCUCAUCAAUACCCACGCUGGACUUCUUAGAAAGAAUGCUGAUACAGCAAAGCAGUUAACAGUAUCACAACAGAAUCAGGAAGAGGUGGCACGUAUCAAAGAACAGCUGGAAUUUCAGAUGGAUCAAGUGAAACGAGAAUCAGAUUUGAAGUUGGAGGACCAAAGCUUUCAGAUGGAGCAGCUGAAAUCAGAAAUUGAAUCCAAGAAAAAACAGUUAUUACUUAUCCAACAAUCUCUUUCAAAUACUGAGGAGACUAAAUCCCAGCUUAACUCAACAUUAAUGUCACUAGAAGCGGAGAAGGACUCUCUAAAAAGUAUGUUGACAGCUAAGGAAUCUGAACUGUCUUCUGUUCAAAACCUGGCUCGUGAAACAGAGAUGUUAUUCAAUCAAGAGCAAGAAAAGAAAGCCAGUGAAAUAAGAAACUUGCACGAGAAACUCAACAAAAAGACUACUGAUGAACAGAUGCUUUGUCAGAAGAUGUUAGAGGAUCAGUUUAACAUUAUUCAGGGAACAGUGAGAGAAGCAGAGAAUAUAAUUCAGGAUGCUGUUGCCAAACUCGAUGACCCUUUGCACAUCCGCUGCACCAGUUCUCCAGAUUACCUUGUCUGCAGAGCACAAGCUGCAUUGGAUUCAAUCCCUUACCUUGAAAAUGGACAUACUAAGUAUGUACAAAACAUGACAGAUGCCUCUGACUUAGUAGGAGCACUGGCCCAAUUUGCUCACUUGACAGCAGACACUAUUGUAAAUGGCAGUGCAACUUCACAUUUGGCUCCACCUGACCAUGCUGAUCGGCUGAAUGACAGCUGCAAAGAGUGUGGAAGCCAAAGCUUGAACUAUCUAAGUAGCCUUAAGAAUAAACAUUCCCUAAAAGAUGCAGAUCUUGCAGAAGUCAGCAGAACAUUAAAGAGUAUCUUCGAUCUGGGACAGGAAUUGAGGCCUAAGAGUUUGGAUAUUAGGCAGGAAGAACUGGGUGACUUGGUGGACAAAGAAAUGGCCUCAACGUCUGCUGCUAUAGAGGAUGCUGUGCGACGAAUUGAGGAAAUGAUGAACCAGGCUAGAAAAGCCAGUUCAGGCGUUAAACUGGAAGUGAAUGAGAGGAUUUUAAAUUCCUGCACAGACUUGAUGAAGGCUAUUAGACUUCUGGUUAUAACUUCUACAGAUCUUCAGAAGGAGAUUGUGGAGAGUGGCAGGGGUGCAGCUACGCAGCAAGAAUUCUAUGCAAAAAAUUCCCGUUGGACAGAAGGGCUUAUCUCUGCUUCAAAAGCUGUUGGUUGGGGAGCAACUCAACUUGUAGAAUCUGCAGAUAAAGUGGUCCUUCAUAAAGGCAAAUAUGAAGAACUUAUAGUGGGGUCCCAUGAGAUUGCAGCAAGCACAGCACAGCUAGUUGCCGCCUCCAAGGUAAAAGCUGAAAAGAAUAGCAAGAAUCUGCCCAAACUGCAGCAAUGUUCAAGGCAUGUGAAUGAGAUGGCUGCUAAUGUGGUAGCCUCCACCAAAUCUGGUCAAGAACAGAUUGAAGAUAAAGAUACCAUGGACUUCUCUGGUAUGUCACUAAUUAAACUGAAAAAAGAAGAAAUAGAAACCCAGGUUAAAGUUCUUGAGCUGGAGAAUAUGCUGCAAAAUGAACGAAUGCACUUGGGGGAACUAAGGAGGAAGCAUUAUGCUUUGGCAGGCGUAUGUGAAGAGGAGAACGACGGUGAACCUAUACCAGCACAGAAGCCUGGCAUUCUGAAAAAGCCCCAGCUGCCACAAAAGCCUAAUAUUCCACCAAAAACAGAUAACAGGAUCAAUAAAGAAGAUGGUGUGUAUCAAGCAAAUUUUAUUAAUUUCUAAAAUGCAAGAGAGAGCGGCCCCUGAAAUCUGUCCUUUUGCUGUACACCCUGCACAUUCAGACGGGAUUCUUACCUAAUGGAGUUGUGGAACUACUGCAAAGCUGUCUGCGCUCUGUAGUCUUUACAUCUGUGUUCUAUACAGAUAGUUGCUAUUUGGAUGCCUUUUUUUAUGGCCAGUCCUCAGCCUUUGCUGCUCUUUACUGUAGUGUAGAGUUUUAUUUGACUUUUAACAUUGUGUGUGUUUUAUACUGUCAUGUUAGGCUCAAGCACAGUUCUCAUUUUUUUUAAUAUAUAUAUAUAUAUAUAUAUAUAUAUAUAUAUAUAUAUAUAUAUAUAUUUAAUUUGGGGGAUUAUGAUUUUUUAAAUCCAGCAUAAGGUAUUUAUCCUCACAUUGAAUCAGGUAAAUAAACGUUUGUGUGACUAUUAUGGCUACUGAUAUCAAGAGUAGACUAGUCCUUUGGUGGUUUUCUGGCAAGUGGCACAUAUUAUAAGGCUAAGGCCACACUACACGGAUCUCGGCCUUCGGAGAAACACAGCGUAAGAAUCCACUGUUCUUCUGCAGCACUGCCUGCACUCAACGGAUUUCUGUGCAAAAACCCAAGAUUUUCCAUUUCCCACCUAAAUCCACUGUGCCUGCACCCGAGCGUAGGUAAUGAUUCUGGGUACAGACAGCAACGCACAAGAGGAGCUGCAGAUUCUCCUCCUGCAUUUCUCCAUGGGCCAAGAUCUGUGUAUUGCAGCCC